UCUCGCCUCGCGCAUCGGAACUUGCGUUGCUCAUACUCGCGCCGCGUGUACAGUGCAUGUGUGUGCGCGCGACUUUUUUUCGCGAUCGUCGUCGUUGAAUCAAAAGUGCAGCGGUGUUAGUUGUAUUGCAUUGCGCUCAGCAGUAGUGGUAGUAGUGUAUGGCCAUGCCGAGCGUCCGCGAGACUGCCAGGCGUCGUCGUCGUCGUCUCUACGUCGUCCGCGAGCAGCAGCAGUCGUCGAUUCGAGAGCUCGUGUGUACCGAGACGUUGUUACACGACACGCGCGAGUUAUAGACGCGAGUGUAUAGUGCGCAAGUGCAGCAGCGUCGAGAGCACGGAUUAUUACAUACGCGGCAUCAUCGUCAUUGUUCAUCGUCGUCGUGUACACAAAUGUGUGAUAUAUAGACGUCUCGCGAGCCAUUGAUGCAUAAUAUCGUGGCGCACACAGCACAGCACGUGGUGGAUGCCCGCUAUAUACUCUAGACUCGUGCAUAUCCGUUCGAUUGGUACGUCUCUCUCAGCUAUGUAUACAUAAUAGAAAGAAAAAAAAUAACGUUAUCACGAAGCUUCGAGCCUCGAAUUGCAUUUUUUUUUCUUCUUUUUCUUUGACUUUUCGAGAAUAUAAAGCGCCGAUACACGCGACGUACGUACAUACUACUGCGCUUAUACUUACGCGCUCGUGCACAAAAAAAGCAACAAAACAAUUCUGAAAUAAUUCUAAAAAUACCCAGUCUAAUAUACUUUUUUUUGUACGCGUAUAUAUUAUAUUUUGCUGCGGGUCUCGCGAGCUCGCGUAGCGCUUUUCACAGCAGUGGAACGAAGUUUUGUAGAAAAGUUUUUCGAGGUGAGGCGGCAGCGAGAUUGAACAUGCUACACACGUAUUUAUAAAGUGUAAUAUAAACACGAGACGAGUGAGAAUUUUACACAUGCGUGUGUUUGUGCGUAUGCAGUCACCGACGAAAUAUUUAUGUACAAUAAUGUUUCUUUGUCGGGCGAGUUCCGUAUUUCCUUGCCUCUUUGGAGUUAAAUUUAUCAACCGAUCGUGUGUCCGUGUACAGCAGGGCAUCGCGCAGCAGAGACCAAGAUUAGAUAUAUCGUAUAGCCUAUGCCAUACACAUUUUGUCAGUUACAUCGCUAAUCUUUUUUUUUUGCGGAACGAAUCACACCUUCGUGCGUAUAAAUUUGCUCUUGAACUAGAUCGGUGCGUGUAUUUUCGAUUUGGUAAACGAUCGAUCGAACACGAACCGUUCGCGACAAAGUACUAAAAAGCCAAAGUAUCUUUUCAUACCUACAUAUAGACGAUAACGAUAACAUCCACGCGGAAUCAUUUUUACACGCGCGCCGUGCGAGCGAAUCUCGCUUCAAACAAACGUCACACAAGCGCGUUCGUAUACGAGUUCUUCUGAAUCGUACGUCACCCACACGCACAAGGCGCGUAUUAUUAUGCGCUCGUAGGUACCUUAACAACGAUAUAUUCGAAGCACGAGAGCGACUCGUGAUUUUUUUUUUUUCGCUGGCUUAAUUCGUAAGCGCGUGCAAUUUACCCGGUAUUACGAGUGAAGCUGCAGAGAGAGAGAGAGAAAGAGAGCGGAGAAGCUCGUACGCGAUCGAGUACAUUUUGUAUUUUUGCCAGUGUUGACAAGCCAAAUCUUGUGUAUGUCGAAAGAGAUAAGAGGAAAAAAAAAAUAUCGCAAUUUUCACCGGAUUUCGUUGAAGAGCCCCGAAGGGCACGCAUACAUCGUAUCUAGGUUACAUCGAGGAGCCUCCGCGCGCGAGGUGUUAAGUCGAAAUUUACCCCGGGUUAGCCCGAAAUGGGUCAUGGUUCCUCCGCGCGAUUCGGUGUUUAUUAAUUUCGUUAGAGCAUUGAUACGAUCGCGGCCGCAUCAGCUGUGUUAUCUGCGCGCGUGUGUGUUAAUAAUAAUGUUGAGCUGCUGAGGUCGCGGUGUUUUGAAGCGUGCGUGCAGUGUGUAUCAGCAGUAUACUCGCCGAACUCGAGCUUUCGAUUCGAGUUCGUAAACAAAAAACAAAAAAAAAAAAAAAAACGAACGAAGAAAAAAUCGCGCACGUGCGUUUUAAAUAUAACCCACACAUACACACGCGCGUCGAUCGCUCGAAAUCAAGUUCAAUGAUUGUUUCUUUCCCGAUUGUUAUUACCCGCGCGCCCGUAAAUACUCUUUGAUCUUUUUCCAAUUUUUUUUUUUUUUUCGUUGCGUACGUCUGAGAGCCGCGUGUAAUCGAGCGCGAUUAAUAAAAGCCGAGACUCGAGUGCGGCGGAACAGUGUGUGUGUGUGCGUAUAUCGUAAAAUAUUUAAGUCGUUACGUCGAUUCGAGAGAAACACACACACAAUGGCAAUAUUAUUUCCUACCGAUCGGCUUUCGUCGAGUACGUGAGUUACGUUGCGGCGAUUAUCAUUAUCUGUAAUAAUAAGGUAAGCCUGCUCAUAGCCAUGGUAGUACAGCAUGGAGCCCGUGCCAUCGUCCAAUGAGAGAAACAAAGACAACGACGACGCCGAAGCCCCGAAGGAACUCCAGUGCCGAUCUCUGCCGAUUUCCGCGCCCAGCUCCGUACCGGACUCGCCCGCGUCGACGCGCUCGAGCAAGCUCGUGGUACCGCACAGAAAGCUCAGACGUCACCACAGCUAUCAGCACCACCAUGGCAGAAGAGCUGCGCGCGAAAAAAAUGGCAGCGGCAGCAGUAGCCCGCUCAUACCGAUCGGUAGCGGCAGCGGUAAUAUCGGUAAGGCCAGAAUCGUUGCCGCGCCGUCGAAAGCUCAUCGUCAUCCUCGUUCCUCGAUGAGAAAGAUGAGCACGAUGCUGGAGGAGGAGGAUUACUACAGCUCGGACGACGAGGACGACGGCGACGACGAGGACGUGGACAACGACGGUCCGCACAGCGCUAUCAGCGCGGCGAGCAGCAACGCCAGUCAGGUGGAGAACAACGGCGACUCGGACUCGACCUUCGAGGAGCGCAGCUCGCUGCUGCUCGAGGGCGACGGAGGAUCGGUGCGCACGAGCAGCACCGCCCGCUACCCGAUCGUCCCGGAGUCGCAUCCACAGAUGUUUCAUCAUCAUCAUCAUCAGCGGAGAAUAAACAGCAGCAGCCGACACUCGUUAACGAAAGCUCCUCCUCGCUGCUGCUGCUCGGAACUGCUGCUGCUGAACUCGAGCGUCGACAGUUUUCAGCAGCGUCCGGUUGCGGGGGCGCGCCAAUUACAGCAUCAUCGUCACUGUCAUCGUCACAAUAAUAAUAAUAAUAAUAAUAAUAAUAACAAUAACAACAAUAAUAUCAACGCAGUGGUACCACACGCGGCAGCCGUAACGGAGGCAGCAGCAGCAGCAGCAGCCACUCAGCCAGCGAGCGCCGGCGCGUCGAGGCACAGUAGCCGACACCCCAGCAUGCGCUCGCUCAAGUCCAGCUCGGCCAGCGACGAAGCUCAGCAGUACUCGUACCCGAAUCAGCAGCAAUUACAAUCUUUAUACCCACCAAGCGCCUGUAACAAUUGGGGUUCGAUUUUGCUCCCAGAUAGCGGCCAGAGCAUGGCCAGGAGGCCGCCCUACCCGACCGCCACGCAGGACGCCGUCUCGAUACGCUCGCUGGCCUCGAUCGGCAUGGGCUCGUCCGACGGCAGGAAGCUCACCAUACGCCGGGUGCCGACCUCGCCCACCGAGCUCCUCAACAUGGUCCAUCCGCCCACGCCCAUAGGCGACGACGUGUCGACGGGCACGAGCUUCGACGACGGCGACGCCGAGGACCCGGGCGAGUAUCGUCAGCCCCGCAGGCCCCACUGGGAGAACAAGACGCAGUUCGUGCUGGCCUGCAUCGGCUACUCGGUGGGCCUCGGCAACGUUUGGCGGUUUCCCUAUCUCUGCUACAAGAGCGGCGGAGGCGUAUUCCUGAUACCUUACUUCUUAAUACUCAUCGUGUGCGGCGUGCCGCUGCUGUACAUGGAGCUGAGCAUAGGCCAGUUCACGAGGCGAGGACCCAUAGGCGCCCUCGGCCAGAUCUGUCCUCUAUUCAAAGGAGCCGGCCUGUCGUCGGUCGUCAUAUCGUUCCUCAUGUCGACCUAUCACAACGUCAUAAUCGCCUACGCGAUCUACUACUUCUUCACGGGCUGCAGGCCGAUACAGCCGUGGUCGCGCUGCCGCAACAAGUGGAACUCGCCGGACUGCUGGUCGGCCGACGUCAUGACCAACAACAACACCAGGCCCAAGAAUCCCAAGAUACCGGCGGCCGAGUUUUUCGACAACAAAGUACUGCAGAUAAGCUCGGGCAUCGAGGAGCCGGGCAUGCUCAGGUGGGAGCUGGCCGCCUGCCUGCUCUCCGCCUGGGUCAUCGUGUACUUCUCCAUCUGGAAGUCGAUCAAGUCGUCGGCGCGGGUCAGAUACCUCACGGCCACUCUGCCCUUCCUCCUCAUCUUCAUCUUUCUCACGCGCUCGCUGACCCUCGAGGGCGCCGACAAGGGACUGCAGUUCUUCUUUCACCCGGACUGGGAGCUGCUGAAAGACGCUAAGGUCUGGGUGAACGCGGCGGCGCAGAUCUUCAAUUCCGUGGGCAUAGCUUUCGGCUCGAUGAUCUGCUUCGCCAGCUACAACAAGUUCCACAACAACAUUCUCGUCGACACGUUGGCGGUCUCGCUGAUCAACGCCGGCAGCUGCCUCCUGGUCGGCAUAUUCGCCUUCGCCACGAUCGGCAACAUCGCCGUGGAGCAGAACAUGACCGUGCCGGAAGUGCUGAGCGAUGGACCCGGCCUGGUGUUCGUGGUGUAUCCUCAGGCACUGGCGAAGAUGCCGUGGCCGCAGAUGUGGUCGAUGCUCUUCUUCUUCAUGCUCGUCUGCUUGUCGCUCAACAGCCAGUUCGCCAUCGUCGAGGUGGUCGUGACGUCGAUCCAGGACGGAUUCCCCAAGUGGGUCAAGAAAAACCUGAUGUGCCAUGAGAUGUUAGUCUUGCUAGUCUGUAUAGUAUCGUUUUUAUUCGGCCUGCCGAACGUCACGCAGGGUGGCAUCUACUUCUUCCAACUGAUCGACCACUACGCCGCGUCGAUAUCCAUCAUGUUUCUGGCCUUCUUCGAGGUGAUCGCCAUCUCGUGGUUCUACGGCGUGCGCCGGCUCAGCAGCAACGUCAAGGAGAUGACGGGCCGCGUACCCUCGAUUUACUUUCGCUUCUGCUGGCUCUUCGCCGCUCCUCUCCUGAUAAUGUCGGUUUGGGUGUUCAGCCUGAUAGACUACGAGCCGCCGCAUUACACCAAGUCCGACGGCAGGUAUCAGUAUCCUUGGUGGGCGGAGGCCAUCGGCUGGAGCAUCGCCUCGCUGUCGCUCAUAUGCAUACCCGCGUUCGCCGUUUACGUUUUCAUCCAAGCGGAGGGGACGACGUUUACUCAAAAAUUGCGAUACGCAAUUAGACCAGACUUCGAGGCGUGCGAGGUUUGCGGCCAGGAGUACUGCGAGGAGCCGUCCCACAGCAAGGAUGACGACGAACUGAAAGAGCCUCUUCACGAGAUGAAUAACGUCAUUCAAAUCGUGCAAAGUUGACAACCAAAGGAUCAACCUUGCUAAUCGACGCAAUGCACCAAAUAAAAAAUAAAAAAUUAGACUAUACUCGAGACAAUCUCAUCGUUUUACUCUACUCUUUUGGGAACCAAAAUUAGUCUACGUUAAGACUUACAGGUUCAAAGUCAUAUUAUAUAGGAGCAGUGAUCGUAGAAAGGCAGACGUUCGAUGCAAUUAUAGCCAAAUGACAGAGACAAUGAAUUUCAAACUGCUUCCUUGUCCUCCUUAGACAUUCCAAUUAUCGAUUGUAUGUAUCUUUAAAUGAAUGAUUUACUAUGUAAAAGUUAUAACUUUAUUAUAUAGAUUAGUAUGAAAAAAUGUAGAUUAAUGAAUGUGAGUGUGUAACAAUAUUUUUGCGUUUAUUCGAAGUAUGUAAUAUCGUACGUAUGACUCGUAACGAUUUUACUCUUUAUUAGUUGUGAUUAUAUUUUGCUACGACGAAUGUAUUUUCAAUUAAAAUAUAUCAAAAAUGUAUACCUGACGAAAUAUAACGAGUAUGUACUGUGUGUGUCGCAAGGAUUCAAAUACAUUUUCACGCACGCGCGAGUUAAUCGAUGCGAUGAAUCGUCAUAAACGCCUCUGCCGAUCGUACGGAGAUGCGUUACAUUAUAAGCAUCGCGCACAUGUGUGUGCGCGCUAUAAGGCAGGGGUACAAAUCAGAAAAUGGAAAGCAGCAGCAUCGAUACACAACGCGAUUACUACUGUGUGUGAAUGUGUGUGUGUGUGUGUGUGUGUGUGGAACGCAUUUGAGAAUUUGCAUAACUCGUCAUUAGCCCAUUACACAGAGACAGACACAGGUGGAAAAACUCGCGAGAAGAGAGGCGACAAGAGGUUGUACAAAGCGCCGAGGCGCGCGCAUUAUAUCGGCUCGCGAACUGCGAUAAAUCAACCUCGCGCUCUUGUGUGUGUGUAUAUGUGUACGUGUGACUUUCGAUGCAACUAUUUAUUUCACGUUGUGUGUAUCUAUGUGUAUGUGUAUAUGAUUGUGUGUGUGUGUGUGUGUGUGUGUGUGUGUGUGUGUGUAUUUACAAGUACAAGUCGAAGAUACCGAGUACAAAUGCAUCCAUAUUGAGACUACGUGUUUAGAUAUGAAUCUGUAUAAAAAAAAAGAAAAAAAAAA